AAAUAAUCUCGUGUACAGUAGCAGACGACAUUUUAGUGUUGUCUUGUAUGAAAGGAAAAUACUUCUGUUUUAAGCGUGCAUAAUUCUGCAGGACAAUAUCGACAAAAGGGAAUUAACAUGUGACUAAAGGCAUUUUGGAACUAAUUUAGUGGGCGUGGUCCUAAUUAAAGAUUUUGAACACGAGUUUCUGGAAGCAGAACGCAAGGCUAUAUCGAAUUCCGAGCGUUCACCUGACAAGAUGGAGGCUGAAUAUGUCGGAUUCUAUCUUGGGUCGUCAAUGCUCACGAAGGGAACGACAGGACUUGGUGUUAUACAAAAACCACUUCGUGAUAAAUACUUUGCAUACAGGAAAUCGUCUGACAAUAAAAUUGGACCGGAAAUAGGAAUUAGAAUAAAUCCUAGAGGAAUUAUUCUUUUAUUUCCAGGAGGUCAUCCUGGGCAACCAAACGAUGAAUUUUAUGACAUAUCUUCAGUUCAUUUCAUUGAAGCGGUGCAGUUUGUUACAGUGAAAAAUAAGGAUAAAAAAUUCUACGGAGCAUUUCUUCCUAUUGACGAACCUGAAGGAAAUCCAAGCCAAGAUAAGUUGUUUGUGCAAAUAGAAAAGAAAUUUAAUCAUUUAACAAAAAUAUCUCACCCUCCUAUGUUAGCAUGUGUAAUGCGCAGACCAACGGGUGUUAAGGCAGUCGAUUGCCACAUGUUUGUGAUUCCAGUCGUUGAGGACGCUUUACGAAUUGCAGACAUGGUACAUAGAUUCCAAGAGCGUCCAGAUAACCCAGAAUUUUAUCAUGGUCGUCCGCCACCAGAUCCGCGUGUUUUCCCGCCAGAGCCUGAUGUCAUUCCUAGAAACUUAGGACCACCAGGACCACCUCGAGAACGUGAUUCCCGAAAUUCGGGACAACGUGAGUCUGAUGAUUAUGCAUUUCUAUAUAAAGGUAGGGGUCUUGAACUCAAGCAAGAACAUUUUAUUAGAGGAAAUGACAAUGAUGACAGGAGAUUGGAGACCAACAGAAGUUACGAACGUGAUUUUCGCGAAGAACCCCAUAGAUAUCCGCCUCCAAAUUCUGGAAGAUCAGGGAGUCUUGAACUAAGAGACAGGGAAAGAAUGGGUCCACGUGACUUUGACAGGGACCCAUAUCCGGACAGAUUACCUCGAGAAAUGGUAACAUCAAGUGGUAGAUAUGUUGAAAGGGAUUCUUUUGGAAGUGAACAUGAAUUUGAUAACAGAAUUGUACAUGAACGUCAGCGCUCUGGAGGAGAUAGGGAGAUAAACAGAUUUUCCGGUGGUAUGUUACCAAGAAACGAAUACCCAGACAGACGAUCUGGUGGAUUGUCUCCCAGAAACGAAUAUUCAGACCGACCAAAUCUACCUCCAAGGGGAGAUUACAAUGGUCCACCUAAUCGGGGACCUGAAAAUUAUCCAGGCGGCAGAUUCCCCGACACGUCUACAGAUCAGCGCCGUGGACAACCUCCACCAUGGCAAGGUAGAGGUUCUGGUGAAGAAUCUCGUAGUUACGAAUAUUCAAGACCUGUUAGGCGAGAUCAGCAUCCUAGAUCGCCACCUUUGAGUCCACGUGGUCGGAUUUCCCCGCGAUCACAUUCUCCACCGAGAGGACAUUCCUCUCCGCGUGGACAGUCACCGGAAAGGGACGAUCAAGUUUAUUCGGCAUCGAACCUUGAAAGCCGGAUGGAGGAAGUACAAAGUGGGAAACCGGUAGCCAAAGUGCCACCUAAUCGGCACGCAGGCGUUCGUGUUUUACCAAGUUUACCAUUUGCCGAUGCUAAAAACAUUCUAAAACCAGUAUCUCCUCGUACCUCUGAUGUCCCAGCCAAAGCCGAGGAAAGACCUCCGACGUAUAAUUUCAAUACCAAAGGUGAUAGCGACGAAGAGGAAAGUCCGUAUGAUAAUAACACGGACUAUAGACAAUUAAACAGACAUCCCAGACCAAAAUCUGAAAAUAGCCCUCCUGCUCAAAGAAGAACGGACUAUAGUCAUAAUAUGAGAACUAAAAGUGACGAUUACGGUUCUAAAUAUGGAAAUAAUUUAGGGGUUGGUAACCCACAACCACCUAAACAGUGGUCGUACGAGGACGAAAAAGAAAAGUUUUUAAAAACGAGAGAUGGGGGCGGGUGGAGUAGUGCUAACAAGUCUAAAUCCGCCCAAGAUGGUUUAAGUGGGCCAGGACUAAAUGACAGGGGUGGAAGACAUAUGAAAGACAUGGAGAUAGAAGAUAUGUUUUCUAAUAUGAGGACCUCUAAUCCAGGUCGAAGUGACUUAGAUUUUGAAAGGUCUUUGGGGUAUUUGCCAUAAGGAGUAAUGAAUCUUUGUAGUGUUUUCUUUGUUUUGGGUACAUACGCUAAUCUUAAAUAUGAAGAGAGAGCAGCAUGGACAGUUAUGUACAGUCAAAUGAUUUCGAGACAAGACAUGCGUCCAGCCAACUGAGAAUUUUGAAAAAAGGGGUUUGGAGCCGUUUGUCUUGAAAGUUUUUUAGUUGAUUAAAAAGUCGAAUUAGGAAGGAGUAAUAUACAUUCAAUGUAGCAAGUGAACAGGUGUAAUUAUUAUUUAACGGGCAAGUUUGAAUUUCCAGUUAGACCUGUUUUUCAUGCUCUUUUGUAAUCAUUGAUCAUGUCGCUACAAAGUAGUGUAGAUCUAUGAUUUGUUUUUUUAAUUGUUUUGUUUACACAUAAAUAUUCUAGAUAUUUUACUAAACAACCUAACAUGUGUUUGACACUAUAAAUAUAUUUUUAUUGCUAACAUAUGAGACAGUUUUUGUUAACUCUCGUUUGAUCUAUCAUGUUAUGAAGCAUACAUAAUUUAUGUUUCACUUUAAAGCAGCACGUCUCCAGAUUCGAUCUUAUUUUCAUGACAAUUUUGAAAAUGUAUUAAAGAAUACAAUAUUGUCAAGUGAACAAAAUAAGUAAUUAACACAUGUUCAAUCCACGUAAAUUAUCAAAUAAAGGUCACCAUAUGAACAAGUAGCCUGUACUGUGUUCGUCACGCAGUAGAUACUGCAAAAUCAGUCAGUCAUUCAUUGCAUAUAACAUGAUGUCUGUAUAUCAUUACUUUAAUUGCAAAUAUUUUUACUUUUCUUUGCAGCUUUAAGACAACGUAACUUCAAAAUAUCUUUUUCUAACCUAAAUGCAAUAACAUUUAACGGUGAGGCAUUAUAAUAUUUUAAAAAGUGGAUGCGUGCAAAUUUGAUAUAUUCGUAUACCUUUGAUUUGCUUAAGAUACGUUUCUUAUUUUCUUCAUAAUUUUUUUUUAUGUUAUGAUAUGAAAAAUGUUACACUACAUAUUUCAUAGCAUCUUUACUGCAUUAAAAUGUUAUAUGUGGUUCAAAUAACAUUUAUGUAUUCAGUUAAGUUUCAUGAACCCGUUUUUCAUAAAAGAAUAUAUAUUGCCUUAUAAAUAUCUGUUUAUGCAACGUAAUACACAUUUUUGAUGUGUGAAAACCAUAUUGUACGCCGACUUCUUACCCCGGCCUUGGAGUCAUUUUGCGCAAGUUGGUACCAAAACUAGUCUUCUGUAGGGAAUAGGUACUUAUUUUUUUAGCAUAAAAGGAGGUCUAAGGCCCAUAACACUUAACAUUGAUUUUGACAAAAUUAUGGCCUUUUAACUUAAAGAUACUGCUUUAUAAUGAUUCUUGUAAUAGUAGUCGUGCACGUUGUCAUCACGACAGCUGUUGUUUAAUCUGUUAAUUUUUACGUGUUUUUUUAUCAACAAUUUUGUCAUUCAAACCUUAUAAAAGACUCCUUAAAAUGAAAUACCGGUUUAUAUUUUUGUCAUAAUGUAAAUGAAGUAACUAUCAGUAUCAGAUUUUAUAAUGCUUUAUUUCGGUAAGCUAAUAAAUGGUAAUUUAUUUCA